GUUGCUUCGUACCGACAGACGUGAGUAAUCGAUACCAGAUCAUGGGAGGCGGCAAUGUUUUCAUGCCUGCUGCUGACAAUCUGGCCAACUCACUCUGCCAUGGCGCUCGUAAUGUCGCACACUAAGGAUUCACACCGUGUUUGAAGUCACUUGAGCAAAACUUUAACUCGUGCGUUUUGUGUUUCAUUUGGUCAACAUUUACCCCUGAAUCGGCCAUGACUGUAGAGCAGAAUGUCCUCCAGCAGCAUUCUCAAAAGCACCAGCAGACGCUACUAAACCAGUUGCGAGAGGUCACAGGCACCACAGAUGUACAGCUCCUUCAACAGGCCUUGCAGGUGAGCAAUGGAGACCUGGCUGAGGCUGUGGCCUUUCUGACAGAGAAGAAUGCCAAAGUUCCUCAGCAAGAUGAGACUACCUACUACCAGACUUCUCAGGUGUCCAGUGACAGAUAUAUCAGCGUGGGCAGCCAAGCAGACUCCAAUGUCAUUGACUUGACUGGAGAUGAUAAAGAUGACCUUCAGAGAGCAAUUGCCCUCAGCCUGGCAGAGUCCAACCGAGCAUUCAGGGAGACCGGGAUCACCGAUGAGGAGCAGGCCAUCAGCAGAGUUUUGGAGGCCAGCAUAGCAGAGAACAAGGCAUGUCUGAAGCGCACCCACACAGAAGUAUGGAGUGAUUCACCCAACCCACAUGACAGGAAGAGGAUAGACAACUGCCCCGUAGGCUUGAAAAAUGUUGGCAAUACUUGCUGGUUCAGUGCCGUCAUUCAGUCUCUUUUUAACCUGCUGGAGUUCCAGAGGUUGGUGCUCAACUACUCUCCACCAGCUAGGGUCCAUGAUCUGCCUCACAACCAGAAGGAACACAGGAACCUUCCCUUCAUGCAAGAGCUGAGGAAUCUCUUCUCCCUUAUGGUUGGGUCCAAGAGAAAAUAUGUGGAUCCAUCACGGGCUGUAGAAAUCCUGAAAGAUGCCUUUAAGUCCAGUGAAUCACAACAGCAGGAUGUCAGUGAGUUCACACACAAGCUCCUGGACUGGCUAGAGGAUGCCUUCAAAAUGAAGACUGAAGAAGACGGGGAAGAAGACAAGCCAAAGAACCCAAUGGUAGAGCUUUUCUAUGGACGAUUCCUUGCCGUUGGUGUCCUGGAAGGUAAAAAAUUUGAGAACACAGAGAUGUUUGGCCAGUAUCCGCUGCAAGUGAAUGGCUUCAAGGAUCUCCACGAAUGUCUGGAGGCAGCAAUGAUCGAAGGGGAGAUUGAAUCCCUACACUCAGCAGAGAACUCUGCACGGUCUGGACAAGAGCACUGGUUCACAGAACUCCCUCCCGUGUUGACCUUCGAGCUCUCAAGAUUUGAGUUUAAUCAAGCACUUGGACGACCUGAGAAGAUCCACAACAAGCUUGAGUUCCCUUCUAUGCUCUACAUGGACAGAUACAUGGACAGAAACAGAGAAAUAACCAGAAUUAAGAGAGAGGAAAUCAGGAGGCUGAAAGAACAUUUGACACUGCUCCAGCAAAGACUGGAAAGGUAUCUGAGCUAUGGCUCUGGCCCCAAGAGGUUUCCUCUGGCAGAUGUCCUCCAGUAUGCUAUGGAGUUUGCCUCCAGUAAGCCUGUGUGUACCUCGCCUGUGGAAGAUAUCGACUCAUCAGCACCCCCUGGUGGCACAACUGGACUACAGCUGCCUCCUCCAAGCAGCUUGGCCGAGCAGGACACUUUGGCUUCCCCAGAGAGCUCAGGCUCUGCCUCAGGCCCUGCUUCAACUCUUUCUACAGCCCAGCAGCAGAGAGCACCCAUUCAUAAGCCUUUCACCCAGUCCAGACUACCUCCUGAUCUCCCCAUGCACCCUGCACCUCGCCAUAUUACCGAAGAAGAAUUGAGAGUGCUUGAGGGAUGCCUGCACCGAUGGAGGAGUGAAGUUGAAAAUGACACCCGUGAUCUACAGGACAGUAUAAAAAGAAUCCACAGAACCAUUGAGCUGAUGUACUCAGACAAAUCAAUGAUGCAGGUUCCUUAUCGGCUUCAUGCAGUGUUGGUCCAUGAAGGCCAGGCCAACGCAGGUCACUACUGGGCCUACAUCUAUGACCCACAUCAGCGUUGCUGGAUGAAGUACAAUGACAUCUCUGUUACAAAAUCCUCCUGGGAGGAACUUGUGCGGGACUCGUUCGGAGGCUACAGGAACGCUAGUGCCUACUGUCUUAUGUAUAUCAAUGACAAGAAGCCCUUUCUUACAGAAGAGGAGUUUGAUAAAGAAACCGGCCAGAUACUGAGUGGCAUGGACAAACUUCCGCCGGACCUGAAGCAGUAUGUAAAGGAGGACAAUGAGCUCUUUGUCAAGGAAAUUGAGGAGUGGAAUGCUCUGCAGGCUCGCAAGGCCCAGCAGGAAAAAAUGGCUGUCGCCGCAGCAGCAGCUGCGGCAUCAGCAGCAUCCAACACCUCCAUUUCCUCCUCCUCACCCCAGCCCAUGAGUAUUGAUGGCAGCCCUCCAGACAAUGCAGCAGCACCCCAACAGGAUCCUGAGUACAUGGAGCAGCCAUCACCCACCAAUGACUCCAAACAUCUUCAGGAGGACACAGAGAGAGCCAUCUCCAGGGCCACUGCUGAACAGGAGGAGAGAAGCCCUGAAGCGCUGUUAAAUGCUUCUCUUGACCCUCCCACUUCCCCUCAGCCUGAAGUCCAGUUGACCACCCCCUCAAUCCCGCCUCCUGAUUUUGUCAUGGAGGAUGAGUCCCCUGGCCACCACACAGUAGAGGUGGCCAUUCCCAAUGUGGGGACCUUUGUCAUUGAGUCAGAAGAAGGGGGAUAUGAUGAUGAGUUCCUGCUUCCCGGGCAGGCAAUGAUGACCCCGAACAUGCAGGGUGUAAUUAUGGCCAUUGGCAAAUCCAGCAGAGUUUAUGAAAAGAAUGGGCCUGAGGCAGCCUUUUUUAAGGCUCUCAAGCUAGAAUAUGCUCGUCUUCUGAGGUUUGCCCAAGAGGACACUCCCCCAGAGAAUGACUACAGACUUCAGCACGUCAUUGUGUACUUCCUCCAGAACCAAGCACCCAAGAAGAUCCUUGAGAGGACUUUGCUCACUCAGUUUGCUGACCGUAACCUGGCAUUUGAUGAGAGAUGCAAAAGCAUUAUGAAUGUGGCACGUGCAAAACUGGACCUAAUUAAGCCCGAGGAGGUCAACAUGGAUGAGUAUGAGAUAUGGCAUCAGGACUAUAGGAACUUCCGUGAAACAACCAUUUUCAUGAUAACUGGCUUGGAGCUCUUCCACAAGACAAAUUAUGUGGAGGCGCUGAUAUAUCUGACAUACUCAUACCAGUACAACAAGGAGCUUUUGUCUAAGGGGCUGUACAGAGGACAUGAUGAGGAGUUCCUUGGUCAUUACCGUCGCGAUUGUUUGUUGAAAUUAAAUGAGCAAGCAGCUGCCAUGUUUGAGUCGGGAGAAGAACCAGUGGUGACCACUGGUUUGGGAAUCAUGAAUGAAUUGGUGGUGCCCUGCAUCCCCUUGCUCCUGGUCCAUGACACUGAGAGGGACCUGCUGGCAGUGGAAGACAUGAGGAACCGCUGGUGCUCCUACCUGGGCCAGGAGAUGGAACCCAACCUCCAAGAAAAGCUGACUGACUUCCUCCCCAAGUUACUGGACUGCUCAACGGAGAUCAAAAGCUUCCAUGACCCCCCGAAGGUUCCCGCCUACUCCACCUUGGAGCUGUGUGAAAGAUAUAGCCACAUCAUGACCACCCUCUGCAAGGUGGCCAACCAUGGGAGAUGAGCUCUGAGGAUGAGCCAGGCACCUCUCCCCUUAUUCCAGGCUCGACGCUGGGCUUAAAUCCCAUGGACCUCUCUUAACCCAUGCCUUCCUUUUAGAAAUCCAGGGCUCACUUGCUUUCUAGCUCUUAUUCCUCUGUUACUCUUUUGCUGCUAUAGGUUUUAUCAUUCAAGGUAUUAUUUCACUUAUUUUACGCAAAAACAACAGAGGAAGUGUAAGGGGGAAAGGACAAGAUGGACUGUUUUGGAGGGAGGAUGAAGAGAGAAAUGCUAGUGGAGCACAAAGACUAUCAUGCAGCCAAAAGCCAAGCACAUUCAGCUUCAGCUUUGUGAGACAAAGACAAAACAAGUUUAGGGG